CCCCCGCCAAAACCCCAAUCGGAGGUCUCCGCCCGUCGUUUGUAGGUUGUCACGGCAUCGGCGCCAAUCCCGUCCUCCUCCAGGCGCUGGUCACCGGAAGGGCGCGGAGUGGAGUUCGGGGGUGUGUCACUGCCCCGCCUCGGCUGACAGUCCGGAGGCGGGAGGUCCACUUAUUUUUUCGAGUCAUCACGGCCCCGGCUUCCAUCGGGUUCCUACAAGUAGACAUUUAUACGGCCCAAUCCCGUCCCCGUCUUCCGGAUCCGAAUUGCCACUUCCACCUCGUGUGAAACCCAACCAAGACACCAAGACAACUUCACAAUGGCUUCCACUGCUCCUGUUGUCCGCCACGCCAGGCGCGAGGACGUCCCCGCCAUCCUCGGCCUCAUCCGCGAACUAGCCGACUACGAACACGCCCUCGACAGCGUCGAAGCCACCGAAGCAACCCUAGCGGCAACCAUCGCCUUCGCCCCUUCCGAUCCCUCCGUCGUCUCCCCCAACCCUGAGACUGGCCUGCCCAUCACCGAACCCGUCUCGCCCUCCAAGCCCGCCCGCUGCCUGGUGCUGACUGACCCUGACUCGGGAGUCGUCGUCGGCAUGGCGCUUUACUUUUACAACUACUCGACGUGGCGGGCGCGCCCUGGUAUCUUCCUCGAGGAUCUGUAUGUCAAGCAGAGCGAGCGGAAGAAGGGGUAUGGCAAGCGGUUGUUGGUGGAAUUGGCGAAGGAGGUGGAGGCCAUGAAGGGAGGCAGGCUUGAGUGGAACGUGCUCAAGUGGAAUGAGCCGAGUAUCAAGUUUUAUGAGAGCGAGGCGAUUGGGGCGCAGAUGAUGAGUGAGUGGGUGGGUAUGAGAGUCGAUGGAGAGGGACUGCCCAAGUUGGCCAAGUUGUUGGACUAGAUGGUUGGUUGAGGUCUGGAAAAAUAUACCCAUGGUUGGAAAGGGCAGGUUGACACCUAAACAAAGGAAGUUUGUGUUGUGGUGCUUUUGACCAUGAA